AUGUGGAAUGACGAAGAUAACAAUCCCUACGGCGCAUUCGACCGUCGGGACUCAGCCACUGACACUGCGAGCUCUCCAACGUCGCCCGGCUUCAAUCGCCCUACCAGUCCGACUUCUACAGGCUCCUCGAAUAAUAAUGAGCCUCCCGAGUUUAUCUCUCGCCCACAAGAGGUGAGCGACGAUGAUGAGAGCGCGGGCUCUGAUCAGAACCGAAAUCAGCCCCGAAAAAGCUACAAUAGCCGAAUUGAGCAAAUUCUCUAUGAAAAUCCCGACAUGCCGAUCUUAAUCGUCGACGCUGGCAAGAACCAUGAAAGCGGGGGAAGCUAUAUUGUCUAUACCAUUAGAACCGGGGAUCUUGAAGUUCGUCGCCGUUAUUCCGAAUUUGCUUCUCUAAGAUCAACUCUUGUAAACCUACAUCCUACCCUUGUCAUCCCACCCAUCCCGGAGAAGCAUACCAUGGCCGACUACGCUGCAAAGCCCACCAAGGCCAAGGAGGACAUGGGCAUCAUUGAUCUGCGAAAGAGGAUGUUGGGUGUCUUUCUCAAUCGCUGUAGGAAGAUGCCAGAGGUCCGUGACGAUGGCGUUUGGUGGAGGUUCCUAGACCCUAAUGCUAGCUGGAGCGAGGUGCUCCAUUCCCACCCGGUCUCUUCAAUCCCCAAGAACAUUCUCAAAGCUCCCCCUCUGGAUCCAGCCAAUGCGACUCCCGGUCACAGCUAUCUCCCUGUCCCUUCAACUUCCGCCAAAUUAAAGUCUGUCGGGACGACAUCGACCACCGGUACUCCGGCAUCUCCUCCUGAUUAUGCCGCUACCUCUUCCACCGCAUCCCAUACGAUACCCGGACCUCAAGUGUUUGGACGCUUCCCACCUCAGAAUCAGACUCUCUCCGAGCAAGAUUUAGAUCCCUACUUUAUUAGCUUUGAGGCUUCCACCCGCGAGCUUGAACUUCUCCUUCAAGGCAGCAUUGAAAAAGUGAACCGACGUACCCUAAGUCAUCUAUCUUCGUUGGCGACAGACGAGGCGGAAUUAGGUGCUCGUUACAACGGCUUCUCGCUUUCGGAGCAAUCUCCUUCGUUGGCCGCCGCCAUCGAGCGCAUCGGCCAAGCCGUCGACUCGUCAUACAUUGCGACCGAGGAACUAUCAGCUUCUUUGGGAGCGAGCUUCGCUGAACCAAUGCGCGAGUCUGCUCAAUUUGCCAGUGUCGUCCGCAGUGUCUUACGAUACCGCGUUCUCAAGCGCGUGCAGCAAGAGAUGACCAGUGAUGAGUUGGCCAAGAAGAAGACCCUAUUAGACUCUUUGGAACGGAGCGAACUCGAGGCUCGCCGCAUAGAACAAUAUCUCAGCAGCACAGGUAUCCCUCCUAAUCCUCCUAAAAGAUCCGCUUCUUCCGCUUCGGCACGAGAAUAUCAGGCCAGCCGUCGGCGAGAGGGCGGCGACGACACGGCUUCAAUCGACUCCGACUUCCCUCCAACGCAUGGAGAUGUUCAAACCUCGCCUCCGCCUGGCCCAUCUCAGAGCCCAGCUGCGCCAACCAUUAAACACCGCAAGAGCAUUAGUGGGAAUUUUGUCACCAACAAAAUUUUCGGCCGUAUUAGCCACGCUGUCCACGGCAUCGUCGACGUCGACCCCGAACGCACUCGACGAGACCAAAUCGGCAAGACACGGGAAAGCCUUAUCCAGCUUGAACAAGCGUUGGAAGUUUCGGAGAAGGACGUCAAAGACGCUAGCGCUGGAGUCCUUCGAGACCUUCAACGAUUUCAACAGGAAAAGGAGGACGACUUGAAGCGUUACAUGAUUGCUUACGCGAAGUGUCAUAUCGACUGGGCCAAGAAGAAUCUAGAGACCUGGCAAGAAGCCAAAGGCGAGGUGAAUAAGAUUGACACACGAUGA